AUGGCUGCUGCUUUGACCCAGCAAAGCAAUGCCAUGUUGCAGCAGCACGAGGUGGCGAUGCAGCGCCAGGAAGCCUCUCUUGAGCAACAGAACUUUGUGAUGCAGCAGAUGGAGGCUGCUAGGCAUGCUGCUGAGGACGCUCAGAGGCAGCACAUGGAUGCUCUCCACCAGUUAGGGGAGAAUGCUGUUGGUGCUCAGAUGUAUGGUCCUCAUCCCCAACCUCCACCCCCUGAAUGGAGUUUGGAAGACUUCUUGAAGCACCAACCCGCCAAGUUUGAUGGCAAGACGAGUCCCGAUCAGGCGGACCAAUGGAUGAAGGAUAUGGAGCGCAUCUUUGAUGCCAAGAGGUGCCCCGAUGAGAGCAGGCUUGCUUUCACUGAGCAUUGGUGGGCCAGCAUGAGGCUAGUGAUGGAAGAGAAGCAUGAGGAUAUCACAUGGGAGACCUUCAAGAGGAGGUUCCUAUCUGAGUAUUUCCCUGAUAGUGUGAGGUACGCUAAGGAGGUAGAGUUCCUCCAACUGACACAGGGGAACAAGUCAGUAGCUAAGUACGCCGAGAGGUUCAAGCAUCUGGGGCGUUUCUACACCAUGCCGCUCGAUGAGGAGUGGCGUUGCAGAAAGUUUGAGAAUGGUCUUAGAGGAGACAUUCGCUUGAUGGUGGACCCGUUGUCCAUCAAGGACUUUGCGGCCUUGGUAGAAAAGGCCAGGGUCAUGGAGCGGAUGAAGAGGCUUUUCUUCCCCUCCCAGCAAGAUCCAGUGCCACCACUGCGGAGGACCACACUGAAGAGUUUUUGCCCGCAGCUAUCGAGUUUCCGCAGGUGCAACCAUUGUGGCAGGGAGGGCCACUUUAGUAGGGACUGUCCCACUUUGAGGAGGGCAGUGGCACGACCUUCAUCACAGACUCCGAGCCAGACUUCUGGUCAGACUCAGCAGAGGAGGGGAGGCAGCAAGCCUCAAGCUACAGGCAUGAUUUUUGCAAUGACCGGGUCAGAGGCAGCAAGUGCAGGUAACCUCGUCGUUGGUUGUUGUGUGAUUUCUGGCAAAGCUUGUUGUGUUCUUUUUGAUUCUGGAGCGACACACUCGUUUGUGUCAGAGUCUUGUGUGCGGGAGUUGGGUCUUCCGGUGUGUGAGCUACCGUUUGACCUAGUGGUAUCUACCUCGACAUCUGGGUUGGUUAGGACUUCUUCUGUGUGUGCUAGAUGUCCAGUUGAGGUAGAGGGACGCGUAUACAAAGUCAAUCUCAUAUGCCUCCCUCUGCAAGGGCUAGAUGUGAUCUUGGGAAUGGAUUGGCUCUCUGCCAAUCAUGAAAUUCAGAGCGGCGCACAGUGUUAUAUGAUCUUUGACAAGAUAGAGGUUGAGAAGGAGGAGAGGAUCACCGUGAUACCAGUGGUCAGGGACUUUGAGGAUGUGUUCCCCGAAGAGGUACCAACUUUACCCCCGAGGAGAGAAGUUGAGUUCUCCAUAGAUUUGGUACCGGGAGCUGGCCCUGUGUCGAUAGCUCCUUACCGCAUGGCCCCAGCGAAGUUGGUGGAGUUAAAGAAGCAGAUAGAAGGAUUGUUUGAGAAACAGUUUAGACGGUCGAGUGCUUCGCCGUGGGUAGCGCCCGUCUUGUUGCUACAUGGGGCGUUAGUGUUCUCCAAGAUUGAUCUCCGAUCAGGUUAUCAUCAGAUUCUGGUGAAGGCAGAAAACGUAGAGAAGACUGCUUUCAGAUCCAGAUAUGGGCACUUCAAGACGCAUGAGGAGCAUGCCGAGCACCUGAGGAUAGUGCUUGCUAAGGUGGAGGCCGUGAUACAGUGGGAAUAUCCCAAGUCUGUGACCGAGAUUCGGAGCUUCGUGGGUUUAGUUGGCUACUACAGGAGGUUUAUAGAGGGGUUCUCCAAGAUAGUGGCACCCCUAACACAGCUAACCAGGAAAGACCAACCGUUUGCAUGGACUGAUAGGUGUGAGGAGAGCUUCAAAGAGCUUAAGCAGAGGCUGACGAGUGCUUCAGUGUUGGUAAUCCCGGAUAGGCGGUGGAUAGAAUUUUUGAAGGACUACGACUUUGAGCUUCUCUAUCACCCAGGGAAGGUGAAUGUGGUGGUAGACGCACUGAGUAGGAAGACCGUGCAUGUGGCACACCUGAUGAUAAAAGAGAUAGAGUUGCUUGAGAGCUUCAGAGACAUGAAGCUACAGUUUGAGCUGGAGCCGGAAUUCAUUAGGUGUAGCACCUUGGUUAUAUCUAGUGACUUCCUGAGCUUGAUUAAGGAGAAGCAAGCACAAGAUGCUAGUUUGCAGAGGGUAAAAGAGCUACUUGGGUCGGAUCAGGCCAAGGAGUUUGCCUUGGGUAGUGAUGGUGUGCUGAGGUUCAGAGGCAGGGUCUGUGUACCAGAUGAUGUUGAUUUGAGAAGAUUGGCUAAGGUGGAGCAUCAGAAACCUGGUGGAAUGCUUCAGCCCUUGGAUAUUCCGGUGUGGAAGUGGGAUAACAUAGCUAUGGAUUUUGUUACCCACUUGCCUCGCACUGUGAGAGGGCAUGAUGCUAUAUGGGUGGUGGUGGAUCGACUAACGAAGAGUGCUCACUUUUUGGCAGUGAAUCUCAGAAUGUCUAUGGCCAAAGACCCCCGGUUCACUUCGAGGUUCUGGCAGACGCUACAGGAGGCUAUGGGUAGCAGGCUGAGGAUGAGUUCUGCUUGUCAUCCUCAGACAGAUGGCCAGUCAGAGAGGGUGAUUCAGUCCUUGGAGGACUUGUAUCUUGGACCACCUUGGCAGUUGGAUGGUGAGUCGGUUUUGGUAGGACCUAAGUUGUUGCAACAAACCACAGAGAAGGUGCAGUUGGUGAGGGAUAGGUUGCAGGCAUCUCAGAGUCGGCAGAAAGCAUAUGCAGACCGGAGGAAGAGGCCCUUAGAGUUUAAGGCUGGGGAGCAUGUGUUCUUGAGGCUACAGAAGUAUGUUUUUGACCCGUCACAUGUGUUGGAGGCGGAGGAUAUGCAAGUCAGGGAGGAUCUCCGUGUAGUGGUACAGCCUGUGGCUAUAGAGGACCGCCAAGUGAAGGAGCGCAAGGGAAGAGCCACUAGUCUUGUGAAGGUUAUCUGGGACCGGAGGACAGGGGACUCUACCUGGGAGCUAGAGGAGGAGAUGAGGAGUUCAUAUCCAUAUCUAUUCUGCAGUAGGCGAGUACUGUUAUUCUCGUCCAAGCGAGCUCGUCUCGCCUGGGCGAGAAUAGUUGAGACUCGCCCAGGUUCUGUUCGAGCAGCUCGCCUAGGCGGAGGGCUCUUGGUUUGGGCGACACGCUGUCUUGCUCAGGAGAGAGUGACUCACCCAAGCGAGUUCUCAAAGAAGAACCUGAUGUGCUUUGCUCGCGUCCUUGUCCAGGCGAAGGAUUUGAUUUUUGGGCGAAGGGCGAUCUCGCCCAGGCGAGCUGGUCUCGCCCAAGCGAGAUGCUCAUAG